AUGGAAAUAAACACUGUGCAAACCAAAACCAAUGAGAUUUCCUUCAAAUUAUGGCAUAAAAGACUUGGACAUGUUUCAAAAGAAAGGAUAACACAACUGUGUAAGGAAUCUGUCUUACCACCAUUGAAUCAUGAAAACGAAGAUGAAGUUUGCAUUCCAUGUAUCAAAGGGAAAUUAACCAACUUAAGAAAGAAAGGGGCAUUGGGAAGCAAAGGUUUACUGGAACUCAUUCAUACGGAUAUAUGUGGACCCUUUCCAAAUCCAACUCAUGAGGGAUUUAACUACUUUAUAACUUUUACAGAUGAUUUUUCAAGAUAUGGAUAUAUCUAUCUCAUUAAAGAGAAAUCAAGUGCAUUGGACAAGUUCAAAAUUUAUAAGGCUGAAGUAGAAAACCAAUUGAACUUGAAAAUAAAGGUGGUUAGAUCGGAUAGAGGAGGAGAGUACUAUGGAAGGUUUGAUGAGACUGGAAGGAAUCCUGGACCCUUUGCCAAGUUUCUUCAAGAAGAAGGAAUUAUAGCUCAGUACACCAACCCAGGUACACCUCAACAAAAUGGAAUUUCAGAAAGAAGAAACAGGACCUUGAAAGACAUGAUAAGGAGUAUGAUGAGCUGUACAAAUCUGCCAAUUUUUCUUUGGGGAGAAGCCUUAAAAACAGCCAACUAUAUUCUAAAUAGAAUUCCAACCAAAAGCAUAAAUAGAAUUCCCUAUGAAGUGUGGAAUGGAAGGAAGCCUAGCAUUAAACAUCUGAAAAUAUGGGGCUGUAAAGCAAAAGCAAAACCUUACAAUCCAGCAGAAAAGAAGUUGGAUCCAAAAACCAUAAGUGGUUUUUUUGUUGGCUAUCCUGAAAGAACAAAGGGAUACAUAUUUUAUUGUCCCAAACACACUACCAGAUUCAUAGAAACCUCAAGAGCAGUCUUUAUAGAAACUAACCAAGAAAUAGAUGAGGAAGAAAGUUUUAGUUUUGAAGAAAUAAUCUUGAACCAUGACAUGCCACAGAAUCCAAGUAAAGAAAUUGUUAGAUUACCUCAAAUGGAUUCAAUCAACACUCAACCCGAACACACUGAAGAGACCAAUGUCAAUGGACCUGAAAUUGCAGAACCAAUGGAGUUAAAUGACAAUCAAGCACCACCAGCAGAAAAUCAAGACAUGGCUCAAGCACAAGAAGUAGCAAAUCCAGAACCAAACUUGGAACUAAGAAGAUCACAAAGGCAAAGAAAACCUGCCUUAGGAGAUGAUUAUUUUGUAUACCUACAGGGAGCAGAACAUGAUGUGAAUACCAUGGAAGAUCCUGCAACAUUCAAACAGGCCAUGACAAGUGAAAAGAAAGAAAACUGGUUUGCAGCAAUGAAGUCAAAACUGAAUUCAAUGGAGAAAAAUGGAGUCUGGAAGCUUGUGACCUUACCUCAAGGUUGCAAACCAAUUGGUAGUAAGUGGAUAUAUAAAACGAAACUGGACUCAAAAGGACAGAUAGACAGGUAUAAGGCAAGAUUGGUUGCAAAAGGAUUCACACAGAAAGAAGGAAUAGAUUUUAAUGAGACUUUCUCACCGGUCUCGACCAAGGAUUCAUUAAGGGUUAUCAUGGCCCUUGUAGCACACUUUGACCUCCACUUGCACCAGAUGGAUGUCAAGACAGCUUUCCUAAAUGGAGAUUUGGAAGAAGACAUAUACAUGGUGCAACCUGAAGGUUUUGUUCAAGAAGGGGGAAAGGACUUGGUCUGCAAGCUAAACAAGUCAAUCUAUGGAUUAAAGCAAGCCUCUAGACAGUGGUACCUAAAGUUCAACAAGGUAGUGAAAGACUUUGGUUUGGUUGAAAAUGUUUUAGAUGAAUGCAUAUACAUGAAGAUGAGUGGGAGACAUUUCAUUUUACUAGUUUUGUAUGUAGAUGACAUUUUACUAGCCUGCACAAAUCUCACCAUGUUACAUGACUGCAAGAAUUUCCUAUCUAAGAACUUUGAAAUGACUUAUCUAGCUGGGGCAUCAUAUGUUUUAGGCAUUGAUAUAAGCAGAGAUCGAAAGAAUGGGGUACUUGGACUACCACAAAAAUCCUACAUAGAAAAGGUGCUCAAGAGAUUCAAUAUGCAAAACUGCACAGGAAGUGAUAUUCCUAUUGCAAAAGGGGAUAAACUAAGCACUGAACAAGCACCUAAGACUGAGCAAGAAAAGCUGGAAAUAGUUGACAAACCAUAUGCUUCACUGGUUGGAAGCCUAAUGUAUGCGCAGGUUUGUACCAGACCUGACUUGGCCUUUGCAGUCAGUGUGCUAGGGAGAUUUCAGUCCAAUCCUGGACAAGCUCACUGGAUUGCAGGGAAAAGAGUGUUAAGAUACUUGCAAAGGACAAAAGAUUACAAACUGACAUUCAAAAGAAGUGACACGCUGGAAUUACAAGGUUAUGCAGAUGCUGAUUUUGCAGGAUGUCAAGACUCUAUGAAAUCAACAUCAGGUUUUGUAUUCAUGUUUGGAGGAGGUGCAGUGUCGUGGAGAAGUGUAAAACAACCUCUGACAACAGGUUCAACUAUGUUUGCAAAGUUUCUAGCAUGCUAUGAGGCCACCUCUCAAGCCAUAUGGUUAAGAAAUUUUAUUAUUAGUUUGAAUGUGGUUUAA